AUGCUCCCGCCAACGUAUGAUGAGCGGCCUCCGUAUUCUCCGUCGCUUGAAUUGUACGGCUUGGCGUUCUUCAAAGUCGAGAAGACUACUCCCUGGACCCUCAACUCUACCCAUUUGCAGCCAGUGCUUGUGGAGCUCCACUCCAACCAAAUCCGGAUUUACAAGCUUAAAGCAGAACUUCUCACUCUGGCUACCAUUCGUGCACUAUACAAAUACCAGAAUCGAGUCGAUGGCGCGGAUGUAAGCGAUGAGUGGGAUUCUGGUGGCUCUGACACUGAUAGUGACCAUGAACAAAUUGACAUUGGAUUGCUUCGGAAAAUACGAACCAAAGCACUGAAGGCAAAAGUCCUUUCGGUGUUGAAAUCUGGAUUGCUGGCGGAUUUCUGUGAAAAUAAGUUCCUUUUCGAACCGACUACUUCUGCCAUGGAGUAUUCGAAGUUCGCCGCAACUUAUCGUGGGCUGCACUUACACACCUUCACUUUGCUCAAUCUUUCCAUUGGCAAGGCUCCAUAUAUCGGGCUGGUCAAAAAACAGAAACUACAAAACAAAAAGCACCCUUUUUUACUACCAGAGCGGAAUGUUUUACGUCUAAGAGUAGAGUACAUGCAAAUCCUACUCCACAUCUGGUCGUUUCAUGGCAUGGUGAAUUGGUACCGCAGCUUGGUGAUUGGGAGAGAUUUAGCUCAGCAUCUCGAUUCGAGGAAACUUCUGAUUCUUAAAUCCUUGACAUCUUCUCCUCUCGUAGAAUCCGAGCAAUCUGAGAUUGUAGAUUACGACUGCCUCAAAGCGAACGCAAUGCUACCCAAUAGAGGCAGCUUUAGCAGUGGGAGCAUCAGCGACAGUUCUAUUGUUAGCAGUGUGUUCUCGCAAGCCAGUGGUAGCAGUAAGGAGAGACCUCAAGGGGAGACGUCGGUCACAAUUUUGGGUCACAAACUCCGAUGUUUAGAAGACUACUACUUGUAUUUCGAAAAGCGAUACAUCGGGAAUUGUCUACCAGCUUUAAACUCAUAUGAAAAAUGGCAUGGGUGCAAAGUGGCCAUAUCCAAUUGCGACUUGGUGCUGGUCACCAAGCAGGAUCCUGAUGUCAAAGAUAAUGAAAUGUUUAUGCUGGCUAACACAUUCAUCAAAUCUGUCAAUACCCAUCGCAAGAGACUUCCAGAAGUCUCGUCGAAAUGUAAGGAAUUCUACGUUUAUCAGUUGGGCCUCUACACAUGCAAAGAGAAGAAGCAGAAUCGAAAUGAAACAGGGAUGGCAAAGAUAACGGUUUAA